AUGUCUAAAGCAAAAAUCGAACAGCCACAAUAUGGCGAUCAGCCAAUACCACAAAACCUUCAAUGGAUGCCAUCACCAGGAUUAGCUAGUAUUUCGCAGGGCAUGCCUUUGGGUCUUUACUAUCUCGCUCAACUUGAUACGUUAAUGGCUCGACAAGAAUCGAGUGCCAUGCAAACUGUUACGGGUCUCGCGAGUGCUCAACGAUUUCAAAUACUCAAUGAACAAGGUCAACUUGUGUUCUACGCAGUAGAAAAUGAAAGUGGUACAUGUCACCGAUGGUGUUGUGGUGCUAAUCGUGCUUUCAUCAUUCAUAUUCUUGAUCAAAUGAAUCAAGAAAUUAUUCGCAUCUCACGUGAAUUUAAAUGUUGUGUUGGAUGUUGUUGGUGUGCUGGUGCUAAUUGUUGUGCACAUGAAGCAUUUAUUGAAUCACCACCUGGAGUUCAUAUUGGUACUGUUAGGCAAACUCUUUGGCGAGGUCAUCUGAGUCUGAGAGAUGCUGGUGGUAAAGAACAUUUGCGUGUAAUCGGUCCAUGUUGUAUAUGCCAAGGAGUUUUUUGCUGCUGUUGUGAGAAUAAAUUUACUAUAUAUGCUGCUGAGGAUGAAGGUGAUACAGAAUUAGGUGCUAUUUACAAAGAGUAUGCCGGUUUUGUCAAUCAAGCAUUCACAGGUGCUGAAAAAUAUACUAUAAAGUUUCCAGUGAGUUUACCUGUUCAAAUGAAGGCCGUAGCUUUGGGUGCUCUUUUUCUCGUCAACUUCAUGUAUUUUGGGGGAAAUGCUGAUCAAAAAGGUGGCUCAAGUCUUCUAUCACUAUUUUGCUGA